CGCGCAGCAGAGACGCGCCGCUGCUCUGCCUCUCUGCCGAUUAGUGCGUCGAGCGGCGGAGGGAAGUGGGAGUCUGCGCGUCCUCUCGAGUGCGUCCGCGGAGCCGAACUGUAGCAGCAGCGGUGCGCUUCUUCCUCCUCCUCCUCCUCCUCCUCCUCCAGAGCCGCAGGCAUCCCGGGGAGCAGCCGUGUCGUGCAUGGAGGAUACCGCGUUUCUUCAUUAGUGUUUCUUUUUUCUCUUUUGACUGAUUGAGACUAAACCAUUUUGCGCAUUUCCCUCAUGGUCACCGACACCGAGCGGCCGGAGACAUGUGGAAUAAUCAUCUGGGGAAAGUGCAGCGCGUCUCUCUAGUGUGUUUCCUCCUGACGCUGUGGGUCGAGGUGUCCCGGUCCACCGGUUACUUCGAGCUGCAGCUGGUGUCGCUGGACAACCCCGGCGGGCAGCUGCUCAACGGCGACUGCUGCGACGCGGAGCGCAGCGCGGCGGACGGCGACUGCGGCGCGGACGAGUGCGACACCUACGUCAAGGUGUGCUUAAAGGAAUACCAAACGGAGGUCACGACCAACAGGCCGUGCACCUACGGCUCGGAAACUACUAAGGUUAUCGGUGGGAAUACUAUUCAGUUCAGGGGCGGCCCGAAGAGCGGCGGGCCGAGCCGGAGCGGCGAGGCCGGGAAGAUCCUCAUCCCCUUCCAGUUCGCGUGGCCGCGGGCGUACACUGUGAUAGUGGAGGCGUGGGACAGGGACAAUGGCUCGCACAGCAACGAUGAGGAGCUGCUGAUCGAGCGCAGCAUCCACAAAGGAAUGAUCAACCCCGGAGAGGAGAAGCAGACGGUGGAGUACAAAAGCCUGGUCGCCAGGCUGGAGUACACCAUCCGCGUGCGCUGCAACGAACACUACUACGGCAGCAAGUGCAACAAGGUGUGCCGUCCCCGCGACGACUACUUCGGCCACUAUGUGUGCGAUCAGAACGGAAACCGCGGCUGCAUGGAGGGCUGGACGGGGCCCGACUGCAAAACAGCCAUCUGCAAACAAGGAUGCAGUGUCCUGCACGGGACGUGCAGCGUGCCGGGGGAAUGCAAGUGUAACUACGGCUGGCAGGGUCCGCUCUGUGACGAGUGUCUGCCGUACCCCGGUUGUGUUCACGGUACCUGCAACGAGCCCUGGCAGUGCUCCUGCGAGAAGAACUGGGGAGGCCUGCUCUGUGACAAAGAUCUGAACUACUGCGGGACCAACCGGCCCUGUAAGAACGGUGGGACGUGCAUGAACACGGAGCCAGACGAAUACAACUGCGCCUGUCCAGACGGAUACUCGGGCAAAAACUGCGAGAUCGCGGAGCACGCCUGUGUGUCCAACCCCUGUGCCAACGGAGGGACGUGCCACGAAGUCCCAUCAGGCUUCGAGUGUCACUGUCCAGCAGGCUGGUCCGGGCUGACCUGUGCUAAAGACACGGACGAAUGCGCCUCCAGCCCCUGUGCUCAGGGCGGAACCUGCAUCGACAUGGAGAACGGCUUCAAGUGUCUCUGUCCUCCACAGUGGACGGGGAAGACCUGCCAGAUAGACGUUUUUGAGUGUGCGGGGAUCAAGCCUUGCCUCAAUGCUUACUCUUGCAAAAACUUGAUUGGUGGAUAUCACUGUGCCUGCUUUCCUGGAUGGGUGGGCAAGAACUGUGACAUCAAUGUGAACAGCUGCCAUGGGCAGUGUCAGAAUGGAGGAACCUGCAAGGAGGCUGCCAGAGGCUACCAGUGUGUUUGCCAGCCGGGCUUCGUGGGCCGACACUGCGAGGUCCAGAGGAACCGCUGUGGCAGCAGUCCGUGUAGGAACGGGGGCCGCUGCCACGUCCUGCUGGACGGCUUCAUGUGCGAGUGCCCUCGAGGCUUCGCCGGAACGACCUGCGAGGUGCAGAACGACCCGUGCAGCCCGAACCCGUGUCACAACAAGGCCCAUUGCCACAGCCUGAUGGGAGACUUCUACUGCAGCUGCCCAGACGACUACGAGGGCAAAACCUGUUCAGAGCUGAAGGACCACUGCAAGACCAACCAGUGUCAAGUAAUUGACAGUUGCACGGUCGCCGUGGCAACCAACGACACCCAAAAGCGGGUGUGGCACAUCUCGUCUAAUGUGUGCGGACCCCACGGCCGCUGCAUCAGCCUGCCUGCCGGGAACUUCAGCUGCUCCUGUGAACCGGGAUUCACUGGCACCUACUGCCACGAGAACAUUAAUGACUGUGCGUCGUCCCCCUGUAAGAAUGGAGGCACCUGCAUCGACGGGAUCAACUCCUUCCAGUGUUUCUGCCCCGACGGCUGGGAGGGAAGUCUCUGUGAUGCCGAUGUGAACGAGUGCAACAGGAACCCCUGUCAGAACGGAGGCCGGUGUGUCGACCUGCUCAACGACUUCUACUGCAACUGCGUGGACAACUGGAAGGGAAAGACUUGCCACUCGCGUGAGAGCCAGUGCGACUCCACUACCUGCAGCAACGGGGGGACGUGUUACGACCACGGAGACUCCUUCCUGUGCAGCUGCCCCUCGGGCUGGGGGGGCAGCACCUGCAACACAGCCAAGAACAGCACGUGCGACUCGGGUCCCUGCGAGAACGGAGGGACGUGCGUCGGCGGAGGAGAAACCUUCACCUGCAUCUGCAAGGACGGCUGGGAGGGAGCCACCUGCGCUCAGAACGUCGACGACUGUAAUCCUCAUCCCUGCUACAACGGCGGCGUCUGCGUCGACGGCGUGAACUGGUUUCGCUGCGAAUGCGCGUCAGGAUUCGCCGGACCGGACUGUCGCAUAAACAUCGACGAGUGUCAGUCGUCUCCUUGUGCCGAAGGUUCGACCUGCGUGGACGAGAUCAACGGCUUCCGCUGCGUCUGUCCUCCGGGACACGCCGGGCCGCGCUGUCAAGAGUUCAUCGGCGUCGGGAAGUCCUGUCGUCACUCGGGGCUGCAGUUCCCUCACGGCAGCCGGUGGGAGGAGGAGUGUAACGCCUGCCAGUGCGUCGACGGACACGUCCGCUGCUCGAAGGUGAUGUGCGGUCGCCGGCCGUGUCUCCUCCCGAAGGCUCCUCGUCCUCCUCCUGCUGCCCCGGACGCCGACGCAGCCCCGUCCUGCCCCGGGGGUCACGAGUGCGUGGAGCAUCAGUUCCUCACGUGCUUCUCGCCGCCCUGCAACCGGUGGGGCGUGUGUUCGACGCCCGACCCCCCCACGCCCCUACACACCCACUGUGAGCCCAACAGCGGUUACCUCGACAACAGCUGCGUUCGCAUCACGCUCAUCUUCAAGAAGGACAAAGUGCCGCAGGGCACCACAGUGGAGAACAUCUGCUCGGAGCUGAGGUAUCUCCCCGUCACUCAGACGCUGGCCGACGAGCGAGCGCUGCUCAUCCUCUGUGACCUGUCCUACUCCAACAGUGACGCCGUGGAGGUCGCCAUGUCUUUCGAUCAGGACGGUCGGGCGAAGGACAGCGACCGCGGACAGAUCCAGAAGGCGGCCAGCGCCAUUAUCAGCGCUCUGUCCAAACGCCACAACAGCACCGUCAUGCUCGCCGUGGUGGAGGUGAAGGUGGAGACUCUGAGCAAAUCCCCUCCUGCUGGUUACCUGGUCCCGGUGCUGUGCGUCGUCUUCAGCGUCCUGUGGAUCUUCUGCAUCGUCGUCUGCGUCUGGUGGACGCGCAAGAGGAAGAAAGAGCGCGAGAGAGCGGCCCGGUCCGCGGACCGUACGGUCAACAACAAGCUGGAGCCGGUGCCGAGCAACGCCCUGCGGGACAACCGCGACAAAGACAUUCAGUACGAAUGCAAGAAACUGAUGGGCCCCCCCGACAGGACGUGCGACGGGGCCGAGGGCGAGGAGGACGAGGAGGAGGAGGAGAGCGAGCGGGAGGAGGACGAGGACAAGCGUCCGCCCGUAAAGUGCCCGGUGGCGGGGGCGCAGGACAGGGGGUCGAAGGGAAAGGGAGGCGUCAUCUGCACGACGCGCGGCGGGCCGGUGAAGGCGCCGCACCGGACGGCGUACAGCCCCAAAGACAACCGGUGUAAAAACCUGAACGCGGCCAAGCUGAGCGAGGACGUUAAAGACCACUAUGUGUGAAGGACGACAUCGGAGGACAAAGACGCUGUGGCGUCCAGAGUGUCACUGACUUUUCAAACUCUUAAAAAGUGAAGAUUACAGACGCUUUCCUUCUCUCGUUUGUUGAACAUUAUUUAACGUUGUCGUCUGCAGCUCGGAGGAUUAUUUUACCAAAAACCAAACAACAAAAAAAAUACUGAAAAACAACCACAAAAAAAAAAGAAAUAUGGAAAAUAUAAAUCACCGCUUCUGGAUUUCUGGAUUUCCCUUUAAUCGUCGACACUGUUGGAAUCAAGAGGAACUUUCCUUUUUCACCGUUCUUGAUUAUUUAAUUUUACAAAGUGUUUUUCUUGCCUCACCAGGACUGACGUUUCUGCCUUCGCCCCGAGCCCACGGGCCUUUUCUACUCGGUCGUUUCACUUAAGCAGAUCAUACAAAAGAAAAAAAGAAGAAAAAAAAAGUUUUAUAUACAUUUGCGUUGUUUUUUUUCGAAGCUGGCCCAGAGAAUUUCCCGGCAUGAGGUUUUUUGUUUACAUUCAUAAACAUCUUCUUCUCCAUUUCGCGCUCAAGGUUUUGUCUAACUUUCAGAAUAACUGUUCCUCCGCGAGUCUGCGAGAUGAUUCAUUUUGUUCAGUAUUUGCUUUGGUAGAGAAAGUGCCUUCGGUCCCGACGUUCCCUCCUGUGCAGAUUUUGAAUACGUAUAAAAAGGGAAAGACGUCCUCGUAACAACAACUCGCCACGCAGCGUGUUACGGUUACUUUCUUUUUCUUUGUGGUGUACAGAUGUAAAUAUGGACAAAUGGCUGUGUAUAUUUGAGUUUAGUAACUUAAGUGACGCUUUGUAUCAUAGUUAUUCUAAAGAUUAAGAUUGUUUUGUGGUUGUCGCUGGGGGUUUUUUAUGAUGUCAUUCCGAUUAUUGGUCUCUACGGACGCCAUGACAGGUUUUGUACAGAUCUCCGGACCAGAGUCCCAGAGUCUGACGGAGACGGAGGGUCGGCUUGAAAUCACAUCACCAUCGCGCGUGAUUAUUUGUUGCAGCGGUUCCGGAGACAAGCGCGGAGAGUUCAGUUCAGUUCUCGGUCCUGUUCAUUUCAUCAGAGACGUGCAGCGUGUGAAAGUUUCACAGUCACACGAGAGUUCACAUUAUUUCAAUUUAACACCCACAUGCAAAUCUGAGUCUUGCGAGCCACCGUACCAAAACAUCUCAGUGCAAAAUAUGACUCAAAAUCCGUUUAACGCCAACAAAUCACAUCAUCCUCCGAAAGCGUCUGGAUGUCGUUGAUUUCAGUGUUGUUACUUUUCUCCUUUUUUUUUGUAACAGGUUGUAAAUGACGUUUUAGCUCAAGUUCCCCGACAAUUCUGUAAAGAUACUAUAGAGCUUUUCCACUUCCUGUUCGUCUGACGCAUCCAACAGGCUACUUGCGUGCGUGCGUGCGUGCGUGCGUGCGUGCGUGCGUGCGUGCGUGCGUGCGUGCGUGCGUGCGUGCGUGCGUGUGUGUGUGUGUGUGUGUGGUCGACCUGACAGCAUGUUGGUCAACUGACGAGGCGACAGGUCAAGUCUUCAUCCCAAACCUCUGCAGGUGUGAGCCACUAUAGUUGUGUGUUUUAGCACUUUUCCUGUCAUCCUCUCUCCUCAUCGUCCAAAGUGCAAAUCUAAUUCUUUUCCUCCUUUUUUAAAAUUAUGACGCCGGUUCAAAAUGCUUUGUUCCAUCUUCAGUUUUUUUAAUCUUAUCCCUGAAAUUGACAAAGAUCUGUCGGACACCACGAACUCCCUGGUCACAAACACGCUGUUCAAAGUCACAUGUUGAUGUUUCUUACACUUAACCAUCAACAUCUUUACAUUCCCUCUGUCAGAGAGACGGCAGCGGCACAUCAUCCAAUCAUCACUCAGUCAAAUCCAAUCCAGUCGAUUUUAAACUCAAAAUACACUGGAGGAUAAAAAAGAUGGUGCGUCUCGUCAUCUUUUCAUUUCUUCUUUCAGUUUAGUUAUAAAGUGGAGGUCUGUGCUGUCCAGGUGUCGAACCAGCACCGACGCAUCUGAUUGGCUCUUUCUCAGGUCACAGGGUCCAAAUUUCAAAUCAGUCGCUGUUCAGUUCCUCCUCGGCGUUCGCUUCUAACUUCAUGGUUUCAGCCUGUUCACAGUGAAAACCCUUCACGUGCCGCGGCAAGCGCCACGCUGACGCCAAUCAAUCACCCCUGCUGCAGUGCCCUUGAGCAAGACACGAAAUUCCCCUACACAAAGUGUGUGUGGUCUGAAUGGGAAUCUCCUCGCAGCGGAGGAGUUUUUCUAAAACGAUUCUAGCCCUGUUUUUUCUCCCCGCCUCUCCUCGUGUAUCUAUUCUGGUCUAAUGAAGGGAACAAGUUGUUUGUAAAGAGUCUGUUUCUGCACUUCAAGAACAAACAGGAAGAGACUAACGUUGUCUGCGAUUACCUCCACGGCGGUAGUGCAAAAGAACAACGACAAAAACAAGUCAAAGUUGUCCGUGUCUGUGGAUGAACAUUGUUUUCAAUAUUUUUAUGUUUUUUUGUUAAUGACGCUGAUGCAAAUCACGGAAAAGUCCAAAUUCAUAUUCUGUCAGUUCAUUUUGCACCGUGUCGGUCCCGGAGAGUUCAGGGGCCCAAUGUGCAGAACGUUGUAAUUAUUUUGUACAAAAUCUGGUAAAAGUCUUGGUUUGUUAGUGGAAUUUUUUUUUUUGUUUCUUGUUCUUAGAACAAUCCUAUUAUUUAUUAAAGUAUUUUAUACCGAA